AUGUCUUCAGUCUACACUAUCUCCCUUGAAAAUAAACGCGGAGCAAACACGAACUAUGCUGCGUUCAUGGAACCCCCAAGUUUCACUGGGGGUCUUGAGCCUUGGCUUAAUGUUUGGUAUACCUCAUUUGUGCCGUAUGGCGGAAACUUUGAAAUCCAUACUGGAAUAGAUUUUUAUGCAUGGGUUGGCACUGUGCCUACCACACCUGCUCCAGGGGUGGUCGUUUCCACCGGCAUGAGCUUAUUGGCUCAGCUUGGCACGGUUUCAACACCUGGAAGCACUUUUGACAAAAAAAUCAUUCAAAGCUUCCCUGUAAUUCAAGAAACCACUCCGUCUGCUAUUCCGGGCGCCUACGAGAUUAAAACGGGUACCGACUUCCUCGUGCCCAAUAACACAUAUCUGGUUGGUCUUGCAAAAGUCAAUAACCGAGGCCAAGUUGCUCCAGUUGCAUCAAUUGCCCCAAGGAAUAAUAUGAAUAUCCAGAUUACCCCAAAAAUGAAGUUUUUCAUUGCUGAGAGCCAGCAGGUUCCAGGUGAAAUUGUUGACUACCAUUCUGUUGUUAGAGAUGGUGCUACCAUCGAUUUUAGCAGCGGCGAAGGACUGGGAAAAUUUUAUGCACACGUUGUUCAAAAGACAGACGGUACAUUCACUGUCACCUACUACGAACAUCCUAACUAG